AACAAUUAUUUUUAAACAUCAGGACAGAUCUUUUUUCAGUAUCCUGAAUGUAGUCUUGAAAAUUUAAGGAGGCAUUUCUCUAUCUCUACUGAGGAUAUGGAAUUAAUAACUUGGGAAGAGAUUAAAAUGAUGCAUCCUUCAGGGGCAGAAGCAGCUUCUAAGCAAAACAUUAUUCCUUUCAUUUUUUCAUCAAUGUUUACCUCUUCUGCAGUUGUUAGUGUUUGGAUGGUUCUACAGAUCUUCCAUGUGAUACAUCCAGGUCACUUCACUAUUCUUCCGGUCAAGAAGAACCCUAUUGCAGUCAUUGGUGAGGAUGUAACCAUACCAUGUCAACUCAUGUCUGUAAGCAUACCUAACAAUACCGCCAUUGAGGUCCACUGGAUAUUUUCCAACUCCUCCAAACCAAUAGAUGUGAUAUACUACCACAGAAAAAAUAAAGAAGAAAAAGAGCUUAAAAACUAUGGGGAUCGAGCAGAACUCUUCUAUAAUGAACUUAAUAGAGGGAACAUGUCCCUGAAACUGAGGAAUAUCAGUCUCUCUGAUCAAGGAAAAUACACUUGUGUAGUCACAACUGAAACUGGGUUUGAUGAAAUUGUCACUGAGCUGAAUGUGACAGGUGAGCUGCUAUUUUAUUAUUCUCCAAUAAUCCUGCAUUCUACAAGGAAGACAAUGGUUGUUUUGCAGAGCACAAGUUCAAGACUAUAAGUAAUAUGCAUCAUACUACUAGACACAAUAAGAUUUUAUUCACAGCAAAAGGGAAGGAACGAAUACAGAUAGGAAGUCUUGCAUUUCUUCUUGGCAAAAGACCCCAAGUACUAAUUCAAUUGACAAUGGCCAGACAUACUCCGUAGGACAUCAACAAUGCCAGUGAGGGAGAGUGAGACCCCUUGCUUCAUUCCAUUUGGUCAGCCAC